GUGGGGUGUGUCCAAAACACACAUUUGAGUAAUGCACAGCUAUCACUAUCUUAGAUUGGAAGUGUUUGAAAUAAACAAUCACUGGACAAGAGAGAAAAUGUUGGAUUGAACAGCAGUUCUUGCUCAGGGGAUCAUAGUAAUGCCGGAGUAAACUCGUUCACACGUCAAAGUCAUGGAGCCCCUCAAGCCUUUAUAGAGAUGUCAGGUGACACCAGUACAUUGUCAUGGAAACCGCCUCCAGCCGGCCUGCCACAGGGGUCAACCAUUGAGAUGGAGAAUAAAUGCAGUGGGCCGGUGAAAAUCCUCAAAGUGUGCUUCAUAAGCAACAGCGCCAACCUGGGCAAGAACUUCAAACUGGUCAAAUGUGAAAGUUCCUGGAAUAUCAGGAAAAUCAUUGAGUCCAUUCUGGACAGCGGGCGCCUUGGUCCCAGCAUCAAGUUUCCGGAAUGCUACGGUCUGCUGCUCAAACACCUCAAAUCAGACGAGGUUCACUGGCUGCACCCAAACCUAACCGUAGCAGACGUGGAGCGGAAAUAUGAACAACAACAUGUUGAGGCAGAGUGGAGAUAUGAUUUAAGGAUCCGAUACAUUUUGCCUGAUUUCCUUGAGGAGUUAAAAGAAGACAAAACAACUAUGCUCUACUUCUACCAGCAGGUUCGCAGUGACUACAUGCAGCACAGCGCUAGCAGAGUCAGUGAUGGGAUGGCCUUACAGUUGGGCUGUCUUGAGAUCAGGAGAUUUUAUAAAGACAUGAAUGCUCACGGACUGGAAAAAAAAUCGAAUUUUGAGUUACUUGAGAAAGAUGUUGGCCUGGAAUUGUUUUUUCCUCCAGAAUUAAUUCACAGUAUGAAGCCGAAGCAGCUGAGGAAACUGAUCCAGCAAACGUUCCAACAGUUUUCUUUGCUAAAGGAGGAGCAGUGUAUCAUGAAGUUUUUUGAGACGUUAUCUGUGUUUUCAAGUUUUGAAGAGGAAGUAUUUCCUUGUGAGCUGGUGCAAGGUUGGAGUGUGUCUGUGGAUCUGGUUAUCGGCCCCAAAGGUAUUCGGCAACGGACAGACAAAAGCUGUGUGCCUGUCUGUCUAGCCACUUUUGCACAAAUUCAAAGUAUUAAAUGCUCUCUUCAAAAUGAUGGCAAGGUGCUGUUAAAUAUACAUAUAGAAGGAGCUAAACAGCCUUUGUCCAUCAGCACAUCCUCUCUGGCUAUUGCUGAGAACAUGGCUGAUUUAAUCGACGGCUACUGUCGUUUAGAGCACGGCAAGGAGAUGUCUUUAAUAGUGCAGCCUAGUAAAGACAGAGAAACCAGAAUCUUUCUUCCUCCUUUACCCGGCAGUAAGGAAAAUAGCAGAUCUGGCGGAGAAAGCACAAAUUCAGAUAUUUAUGCAGAGAUACCAGAAGGUAAACCAGAUACAACAGGUAAAUUCAGCCUCUCGCGGAAUGAUAUUGUCCUCGGCCGAAUUCUGGGUGAAGGUUUCUUUGGUGAAGUUCAUGAUGGCAUCUACAAAAGCAAGUCAGGGGAUAGAGUGAAUGUGGCCGUAAAAACAUGCAAAGACUGCACAGCUGACGUCAAGGAAAAAUUCAUGAGUGAAGCUUUGAUCAUGAAGAAAUUGGACCAUCCGCACAUCGUGAGACUGAUAGGAAUUAUAGAAGAGGAUCCAGUGUGGAUUGUUAUGGAGCUUUACCAGUAUGGAGAGCUAGGAAAUUACCUGAUGGAUAACGGGCACAAACUGACUAAUGUAACCCUGAUGCUGUACAGUCUGCAGCUCAGUAAAGCUCUGGCUUACCUAGAGGGCGUCAAUAUGGUACACAGAGACAUUGCUGUAAGAAACGUGCUAGUCGCUAAACCAGACUGCAUAAAGUUGGGAGACUUUGGCUUGUCCAGAUAUAUAGAAGAAGAGGAGUAUUAUAAAGCGUCUGUGUCUCGAUUACCCAUCAAAUGGAUGGCUCCAGAGUCCAUCAACUUCAGACGGUUUACCUCGGCGAGUGAUGUCUGGAUGUUCGCUGUGUGUAUGUGGGAGAUCAUGAGUCGAGGUCAGCAGCCUUUCUUCUGGCUGGAGAACAAGGAUGUGAUCAACCAGUUGGAGCAGGGGGUUCGUCUGCCCAAACCCGAGCAGUGCCCGCCCACCCUCUACUCUCUCAUGACCCACUGCUGGGCCUACGUCCCUCAAGAGAGACCCAGUUUCGCUGAACUUGUGUGCAAGCUGAGUGAUCUCCACAAAAUAGAGAUUCAAGAAGAGGACGACCAGCAGAGAUACAGAGCACGCUCCAUGAAUACACUCUCAAGAAUACCUGUUAAUGACGCUCCACCUAAGCCAUCAAGAAUAAAAGCAUCCGGCUUUAACACUCUCGGCCCACGGCAACAUUAUCAGGAACGGGGGUUUUUGGAGCCCAGCAGUAAGGAAGAUGCCCAGCAUCUGUGGGAAUUGGAGCGACAGCAUGUGCAGGCGACUUUAAAGAGACAGAAACAGGAAAUGCUGGAGGACAACCAGUGGUUGGAGAAAGAAGAGAAGCUUCUGGAUCCAUUUGCCAAUGAUGACACACUGGCCAAAGUGAUGUCAGAAAACAAGACAGACCAAGCUCAUUUCCAAGGUCCCCCAGAGAAGCCCCCGCGGGUGUCCGCUCAGCCGGCUCCCACAGCAGAACUGGACCGUACAAAUGAUAUGGUCUACCAUAAUGUCAUGGAGAUGGUGAAGGUGGUGGUUCAGCUAAAGAAUGAUGUCAACACAUUACCGGCCUCCGAGUACGUCAACGUUGUGAAGUCGGUAGGGAUGACACUGCGCAGUCUAAUCCACAGUGUGGAAGAGAUUCUACCAACUCUUCACGAGUCCGUCAGAUCUGAGAUUGAAGGAACUCAGAAGCUGUUGAAUAAAGAUCUGGCCGAGUUGAUCAGUAAGAUGCGUCUGGCUCAGCAAAACUCCAUCACUUCUCUGAAAGACGAGUGUAAGAAACAGAUGCUGGCCGCCGCUCACACACUCGCCAUGGACUCCAAAAACCUGCUGGACGCUGUGGACCAGUCCAGAGUACGAGCCAAUGUAGCCAAACCCCUCACACCGUAGAUCUGAUCUCUGGAUGCUGGACGGGUGUGUUAAUGCAAAAUGUAGAAUGGAGGAUGAAUUAAAUUAUAAAUGACCUGGCACAACUUGCUUUAUUUAUGCUUCUGAAUAUUGUUGUGAAAUUGAGAAAUAUGCUUGUGGUCAUUUUUAUUUCAAAAGUCAGUUUGAUGUCCGGAAUGUUUGUGGAAAUAAACAACAAGCUUGUGCAGUUUUGUCAUCUCGAAGCAUU